AUGUCUGAUCCCAACUUUGAAGCCUUAGCCAACGUACCUGCACACAUUUCAUCAUUUUCAGCAUCUGCUUCAGAUGGGAACAUAUUACAAAGCACCUCACAGUUCAGGCCAGAGACAGGCUUGGCUGCAUAUCAAUUACUAUCGGAUGCAUCGCUAUUAGGGAAAUCGACGCCCGAGAUUCAACAAGAUAAACUAAAGAGAAUCACAGUUACCUUCCCCACACACUACCAUGCAUUCACAGUGUCAAAUGAUACAAUCUAUGGCAUUGAAAGAACAAACAAUUCCUCAUCACAGUAG